AUGACUCACUGGCACUGGUCAUCACCUUUCUCUCUGCCAUCUUAUUCUGAAGAAAACGGACGCUACGAAAUAGAGAAGAUCAAGUGUAGAAAUUGGGAGGAAGAUGGAGAGAAUAUGAAGAACGGAGUGGAUGAUGUGGUCAUACUGGAGGCGACGGACAAAAUUGGAGGGAGAAUAAGGAAGGAGGAGUUCGGUGGGGGUAACGGUCGAGCUUGGUGCUGGUUGGAUAGCCGGAGUUGGCGGCAAACGGUCAAAUCCCGCCUGGGAACUGUCUCACCAAUCCAAUCUUCGUACCUUCCUCUCCGACUACAGCAACGCUCAUUACAACAUCUAUGA